AUGAAAUAUACGACACCGUCGUGGCAUAUGAAAAAGGAAAAGGUGUCUCCUUUAUUUGUCCCGAAGCUCCUCAUCAAUCUCGGCGCUGGCCAUAUCUCCAUGAAAUAUGGAUUGAUGGGUCCAAACCAUGCAGCUACAACCGCAUGCACUACUGGGGCACAUUCCAUUGGUGAUGCUGCUCGCUUUAUCGCAUGUGGUGAUGCGAACGUGAUGUUAGCUGGCGGUGCUGAAUCUUGCAUCCAUCCGCUAGCUGUUGGAGGCUUUGCCCGGGCGCGGAGCCUUGCAACGAGCUAUAAUAAUGCUCCUGAGAAGGCGUCUAGACCUUUCGAUGCGGAUCGCGAAGGGUUCGUAGUCGGCGAGGGCGCCGCAAUAGUUAUUCUAGAGGUGCUUGUCGUCACACCCUACACUGAUUCACGGCACUAA